UCAGGAUAACUCCAGAAGACAGCACAGACCAAGAAAGAGGAGGAAAGCAAGAUGAAUGACGUGAAGCUUACUGUUUUGGGAGGUGAAGGAACAGGGAAAUCUGCCCUUAUAGUAAGAUUUCUUACCAAGCGCUUCAUUGGAGAAUAUGCUUCUAAUUUUGAAUCUAUCUAUAACAAGCAUUUGUUUUUGGAAGGGAAGCAGUUGAAUCUGGAAAUAUAUGACCCUUGUUCUCAGCCACAGAAAGCAAAAUUUUCCUUCACAAGUGAGCUGCAUUGGGCAGACGGGUUUGUUAUUGUGUAUGAUAUCAGUGACAGGUCUUCCUUUGCAUUUGCAAAAGCAUUAAUCUACAGAAUUCGGGAGCCACAGACAAGUCAUUGUAAAAGAGCUGUGGAGUCAGCAGUGCUUCUGGUGGGUAACAAGCAAGAUCUCUGUCAUGUGCGAGAGGUUGGCUGGACAGAAGGGCACAGACUGGCACUGGAGAACCGCUGCCAGUUCUGUGAACUCUCUGCGGCAGAGCAAUCUCUGGAGGUGGAAAUGAUGUUCAUCAGAAUUAUCAGGAACGUCCUGACAAACCUCAAACUCAAAGAAAAGAGAAGAUACAGUGGAUCUAAAUCCAUGGCCAAGCUGAUCAAUAAUGUAUUUGGAAAGAGAAGGAAGUCUGUUUAGUAGACAUGUGAUCCUGGGGGAUUUGUUAUAUCAGAGAGUUUCAAACAUUUGUAUGGUAAUUAAAUUUACCUUUUGUGUGCAACUAAAACAUUCUCUUAGAGAUAUGAAAUAAUUAACCAUGAACCACAACUGUGUUUUCAAAUAUAUAGUUUGCCUUUUUGGUUGCUUGUAUCUUAUACAUUUUGCUUCACACUUAACCUUUUCUCUAUACACAGACUAAUAUUAGUAUAAUCUAAUGGUGGAUUACUGUACAGUUUACCUUGCCAAAUAAACCCUGCUUAUGUAAUUUUCUUAAACUACCAUUCUUUAGGGCUUAGCUCAGUUAAGUUCAGUUCAGUCGCUCUUUGUGACCCCAUGAACCGCAGCAUACCAGGCCUCCCUGUCCAUCACCAACUUCCAGAGUCUACUCAAACUCAUGUCCUUCGAGUCAGUGAUGCCAUCCAGCCACCUCAUCCUCUGUCGUCCCCUUCUUCUCCUGCCCGCAAUCCCUCCCAGCAUCAGGGCUCAGUUACCUUUAUUUUAUAUAUGUCUUUUAGAUGAAAUAUAUAGUUAUAUUCACCUGGUAGCUCAGCUGGUAAAGAAUCCACCUGCAAUGCAGGAGACCCUGGUUUGAUUCUUGGGUCAGGAAGAUCCACUGGAGAAGGGAUAGGCUACCCAGUCCAGUAUUCUUGGGCUUCCCUGGUGGCUCAGCUGGUAAAGAAUCUGCCUGCAAUGUGGGAGACCUGGGUUCGAUCACUGGGUUGGGAAGAUCCCCUGGAGAAGGGGAUGGCUACUGAGUCCAUAUUCCGGCCUGAAGAAUUCCAAGGACUCUAUAGUCCACGGGGUAUCUAAGCGACAUGACUGCAACUUUCACUUCACUUCUUCAAUAUAUUGUAGAGCUUAAUUUGUCAAUUUGUAAAAUUCAAGAUCUAUUUAACAGAAAUGCAUGGAUUUAAUUUAGAAAGUGUAUUUAUAAUAAAGCAGUUAUUUAAGUUAUUUAAGAUCACUUUUUUUUUUUUUAACAGCUAAGGCCUUAAGAAGCUAAAUUCUGGGGAAAGAAUAAAGUCAGACAAAUGGAGAAAUUAGCAUUGACAUAUAUAUGCUACCAUAUGUAAAAUAGAUAGCUGGUAAGAAGCUGCUAUAUAACACAGGGAGCCCAGCAUGGUGCUCUGU